AAACCUCAGAGGGAUCAAAAGCUACUGGCUUGAUUUUUCAACAAUGCUGCAUGGAUGGGCCCAAGCAGUAGCAUUAACAAGCCUAGACCAGUUGCUAGAAACUGCAUAGCUUGGCACUUGGAGGGGGCUCCGUGAGGGUUAAAAAUAGGUUAGAGAACAUUAUUCCCAUUGCUUUAUUCUCAUUGGGUGCCAGCCUGGUCAGGACAGAGUAAGUGGCUCUACAUCCAUGACUUUAGCCUCCUGCUCACAUUUUCAUAUGCAGUGAAGGUGCCUUCCUGUUCAUAACGUUCUGUGACCAGAAUACCACAGGGCUAGGGAUUUUGCAGAUGGGGCACCUGCGCUGCAAUCUUAUACACACUUACCUGAGAGUAAGCACCACUGAAUGGGAUUUACUUCUGAGUAGACACACCUAGGAUUGUGUUGCUGGUCCUCCAAAUCAUGAUUUAGAUAGGCAGCAGUAGAAGACGUCCCAUUUUAAAGAGGAAUUUAGGUGUUUGUAUACAUAUGGGUUUUUUAAAAACAAGUUGAUACAAUAUGUAAGUUUUUGCUCAUAGUGUAUCAUAACUCUCUUCUGUACGUCCCACGUGUAAAUAUCUCUGUGUGUGUGGAUAGAUAAGUAGAUAAAUAGUACUACUUUGCCAUUUAUAUACAGCUCCGCAUAUACAGUGGUACCUUGGUUCUCAAACUUGAUCCGUUCCAGAAGUCCGUUCCAAAACCAAAGUGUUCCAAAACCAAGGUGCGCUUUCCCAUAGAAAGUAAUGCAAAAUGGAUUAAUCUGUUCCAGACAUGUAAAAACAACUCCUAAAACAGCAAUUUAGCAUGGAUUUUACUAUCUAACAAGACCAUUGAUCCAUAAAAUGAAAGCAAUAAACAAAGUACUGCAGUCACACAAUCAAUCUGUAGCUGAACGGGGUUCCACACAGUCACAAAAACAAAACAAAAAGCUGCAGAAACAAAAACACAAAGUAAACAGCAAAAACAGACAGACCUCAGUGUAACACUCACAACGGAGCACGUUCGGCUUCUAAAAAAAGUUUGCAGACUGGAAAACUUACUUCCAGGUUUACAGUGUUUGGGUUCCAAGUUGUUCGAGAACCGAGGUACCACUGUAUUACCUUGGUUAACCUUACCCCAACCCUGCAAAGCAGGCUAAUAUUGCAGGCUAAAAAAACUGAGGCUCCAGUGCGGAGGAGUUGAGUGUCAAUAAUCCUCAGUGGCAAAGCAAGACUUGUCAGGUUUCUAAGAAUGAACAUGCCUACUGCUUUUGUUGAGAAAUGGUGCCAGCUUUAAGAACCUUCUUACAUAUUUGCAAAGGAUAAAGUUUUGAUGAAUGAGCCAAUAGUAUGGAGUAAUCCUUUGAGCAGAUUUCUCUAUACCAGCAUCAUAGAUCUGCCUGAGUUCCCCUUGACAGAAUUCAGCAUGUAGUGAGCAGUUGAUAUUUCCUUUAUAUAAAUAGAACAGGCAGGUCAGCAUUACUUGGUGUUUAAAAUUAUCUUGGCUUUGCUACACCCUAGAGAAAUUAGAACACCCUUUUAUGCAGACUUAUAAACAUACGCAUUUGGCCAUUGAAAACAAACGGGAAUAUAAUAACCCCCACGCAGAAAACAUGACAGAAGCAAUGACACGGGCCGAAAUUGCUAAGCAACUGAAGAAAGAUUUUUUGAAGGCUUUGCAGUCAAACGACUACAGAACUCUGGAGGAGUUUUUGAAUCAGAAGCAGAUAGAUGUGGACACAGUGUUUGAAGUGGAAGAUGAGAACCUGGUUCUGGCCUCCUACAAACAAGGUUAUUGGCUGCCUAGCUAUAAACUGCAACAUUCGUGGGCCACUGGGCUACACUUAUCUGUUUUGUACGGCCACCUGGAGAGCCUGAGGGUCCUGCUGAAGCACAAAGCGACAAUCAACUGCCGGCCCAAUGGCAAAGCAGCAAUCCACAUAGCAUGCGAAGUGGGCAACCUGGAUUGCAUCAAGAUACUUUGCAGCCAUGGAGCGAAAACCAACUGCUAUUCACUGAGCGGUCUCGCGCCACUGCAUUUCUGUACGACAAAGCUGUCCAUCCCUUGCGCACAGCAGUUAAUCUGGAGAGGCGCAGACGUGAAUAUAAGGACUAACAACCAAGAGGAGGAAACUCCCCUCCACACAGUUGCUCGUUAUGGUAUCCCUGAAAUGGUGGGCUUUUAUGUAGAACAAGGAGCUGCGGUUGACUGUCUAAAUGCCCACAGAGAAACGCCUCUGGCCUGUGCGGUCUAUUGGGCCCUCAAUGGCAAGGAACAAACAUACAGCACAGAUCACCACCUGAUCUGUAGGAUGCUGAUCGACUAUAAAGCCGACGUCAAUUCACGGGACGAGGAUUUCCGAACGCCUCUCCACAAGGCUGCUUGGAACUGCGACCGCGUUCUGUUGGACAUGCUGCUCGAGGCAGGAGCUGAGGCCAACUUCAUGGAUGACAACGGAUGCGGCCCUUUGCAGUACGUCCUGAAAGUGACAGGUGUGCGGCCAAGUGCCCAGCCAGAAUUCUGCUUCCAGCUGCUUCUCAAUUAUGGAGCUGCCAGGAUAUAUCCUCCACAGUUCCAUAAGCAGGUUUUGCAGGCCUGUUGCUCUUAUCCCAGAGCAGUUGAGGUUAUUGUGAAUACAUAUGAACACAUCAAGUCCACAGCAAAAUGGAGAGCAGCUAUACCCGAUGAUGUCUUUGAGAUGUAUAAUGAAUUCUACGAAUCUCUUUUUGAGGUGUGUGAUAACACACCAAGAUCGCUCAAGCACCUAGCCAGAUGUGCUAUUCGAAGAAUAUUGUUCGAUCGAUGCCACAAAGGAAUCCCUUUACUUUUCAUUCCAGCGACACUGAAGAAUUAUUUGCUCCUAGAACCAGAAGGAAUAUUGUACUGAGUUUGUCCAGCAGCCCAAUUCUGUAAAACUGGGGUUCACUUGCAUGGUAAAAGUUAAAAUCCAAGGGUUCCGUGAUAUCACCCAGAACAAAAGGUCAUGGUCAAUUUGUAUACAAAGACUCAUUUUACAUCUGUGGAUUACACUAAGUUCUUGAAUUUGCUGCAGCCUGAACACAAGCCUAUUUCAUAAUCCAUUUCACUCCCAGCUUGUGUUAAAAAGAAUAUACAUGGAACUCUGGAAAAGAAUUAGGUCAGCUUUUCCAUCUGCUUUCAAAUCUAAAUAAUGACUGAGCUAUGCAUAUCAGUGCUUUGAAAAGACUAGCUUUCAGUGACCCAUACAAAACAAAUAUCAUAAAGACUUAUGCGCUAAAUUAAAAGACCAUGUUUUUAUUUGAACCUUUAGAAUUCGAUAUACUAAUAAACAGCCACAUUCUCUGAGUGGAUCCUGGUUUGGCCC